GUCGCGGGCGGACGUGUCGUCUCCGCCGCCUCUGACUCGCCAGCCUGGCCUGUGCGCGCUUUCUUGUCGUUCCUGCGUCCUCACACCACGUUGUGUGAGUGUCGUUCCUGCGUCCUCACACCACGUUGUGUGAGUGUCGUUCCUGCGUCCUCACACCACGCUGUGUGAGUGUGUCGUUCCUGCGUCCUCACACCACGCUGUGUGAAUCGUUCCUGCGUACCUGACACGAGACGUUGUGAGCGCGAGAAGACACUAUAUGCCAGGGUAUUUUCUUUUGUCAAUUAUAAAUACGUAAUUAUCUACGUAUCAUAGUCUAUCACAUACUGCGUGGCCUGUGUAUACUAUACACCGAAACUAUGACAGCAGAGGCAAUCUAGCUGAAAGGAAAGAAAUCAUCAACUUGGAAAAUAAAUUGUCAGAAAAGUCACGCUGUCCUAAGUGAAUAAACUAAUAAAACUUAUAUGACGAGGUUUUUUUUUUGUUCUUAUAUAUAUAUAUAUAUAUAUAUAUAUAUAUCAAAUGUCAAAAAAUUUAUGUAUUCUGAAAUGCUAUUUAAAAUAAGCCUCGCGUAUUGAAAAAUGUUUGCAAUGAAGACAAACAAAAUUGAAGCUAAAUAAUUCAAAAUACAAAAAAAUGUAUUUAUUUAUUGUGUAUUUGCAGUGAAAAAUUAAAAAAAAAAUAAAAAUAAAAGAAGUGUGCUUAGAAACCUCUAUUAAAAAAAAUAUUAUUGAUUCACUAAACAUUUCAUGACUAUACUGGCGUGUGGUGAGAAUAUCGUCAAAAUUCCAUUCAAAAGUGUAAAUAACCCAAUAAUUUAGAUAACGUUAAACCUCAAGUAUUUGAAACGUGGGGUUCCAGCCGAGAUAGAAUCACUAUGGGCUCGUGGAGACGUCUUCGGCGAAUUCUCUGUGCAAGCUUGCAAAGCUUACUCGCUAUAGACGGUGAAGUCGCGCUCGGAAUCUUUGCGAGAAGUGAACCACUUCGCAAGGUAUAGUCGCGCUCGGAGUCUUCGCGAGAAGUAAACCCGCCAUUAGGAAGACCGCAGGCGCCGAUCUUCGGGACCUGUAGAUCUUCACUUCGCGGACAGAGAGUAAUUUAAAUACUCAAAGAGUCCGAAGGAAAAUUCGAGUCACAAGUCUCGAAAUGUUGUUUAGAAACUGCCAGUAACUCGAUGUUGUCGUAGGCGACGCCUACAAAAUACAAAUUGCAGUGAAAACAGCCUUUGGAGUGUCGUAUCGAGUUCGAGAUGGGCGUGAGGGCGGAGUAGUGGACAGAUGGAGACGGUUUGUGGGCGGGGCGGAGGGAUGAGGAGUGGGCGGGCUGUGGUGGGACUGGACGUUAUCAGCCACACUCUCCCGCGUAAUUUCCGCACGCCCGCCCACCCACCCUGCUGCCAGCCCGCCCCCCGCCCACAGUGUGCCGGCUGCCGCCCUGAUCUCUGCGUGGGGGAGGACACCACCGCCGCCCCCCAGUGCCACCAGGCCUUUCCCACCUACCCCGCCCAUUUCUAUCCCACGGUGCUGAGGGGCGGGUGGGGCGGGGGUGAGGGCGGGCCGGAUGACUGUGCAACGUGCAGGUUGCAGGAAUCCCUUCCCUGCCCGUGUCGUGACCCCCGAUGUCUGGGGGUCACUGCCUCCCCCCUCGCCUGCACUUGGGACAGCAAGAGCCUCUCCCGUGACGGGCGACCCCCUUCCCACGCCUCCUACCAGGACCUGCAGAUGACCAGGACGGCGUCGAUGUGUGCGUUGCCGAAGUUGAUGAGCGUGGAGGAGCGGUUGACCACGGCGUUGGGGCAUCCUCUGGCUCCGCCACACAAACACACAAACAACACUCACGCAAACACGCACGCAAACACGCACGCAAACACCCAAGCAAAUACGCACAGUACGCCACAAGCCUACAGUCGGGCUAAGACCCAGGCGCACGUCCAUACCGCCAGUCAGACCCACAAACACAAUCACAAUACCACCACUAACACCGCUGGUGAUGACGGUAGCAGCGCCCACGCCCACGCCCACGCUCACGGCCAGGGCCUGGGGGCGAGCAGAGGGUCGAGGUUGAGCAGGAGCGUGGAGAGUCUACCUCGGGACAUCAAGGAACACAUCCUCAAGUGCCAGUGUUCCUGUGACCACCUCGGCUAUGGCAACUUUUCCGUGACUUUUCCAAUGCCAGAAGAAAACGAUUCCGCGAAGCUCAAGGAAUUCUCAGGGUCGAUAGAGCUCCUUGAUAUUGCAAAAAAAGCUGAUACCAUUGCAAAUGGCCUUUGCCAAGACGGUCCACAGCCAGAUGUCGUCUUCAUUCUGUAUUAA